AUGCAGCCGUUCAACGUCCCCAUUCAGAUCACACUGCAGGGUAGCCGGAGGCGCCAGGUAAGGUCAGCCUCAUCCACUUCUGACAGGAGGAAGAAGAGAGAGCGUGGUGAUGGACAGCCAGCCCCCGAUGUACAGAAAAAGCCCCCCUCCAGCGCAGGAGAAGAUCGAGCUAUUCUCCUGGGGUUUUCGAUGAUGGCUUUCUCUGUCCUUAUGUUUUUUUUGCUCGGAGUCACCAUCCUAAAACCUUUCAUGCUCAGCACACAGCGAGAAGAGGCAAACUGCACCAUUAUGGACACGCACGUGAAGGAUGACUGGCUGGAUUGUUCGUUCACCUGUGGGGUUGACUGCCGGGGCCAGGGAAAGUACCCUUGCCUCCAGGUGUCUGUAAACCUCUCCCAUUCUGGCCAGAAAGCUUUCCUGCACUACAAUGAAGAAGCUGUUCAGAUAAACCCAGAGUGCUUUUACACACCAAAGUGCCAUCGAGAUCGGAAUGAUCUACUCAACAGUGCUCUGGACAUCAAAGACUUCUUUGAUCACAAAAAUGGGACCCCCUUCUCCUGUUUCUACAGCCCAGACAGCAAACCAGAGGAUGUUGUUCUGAUAAAAAAGUAUGAUCAAACGGUUAUCUUCCACUGCUUGUUUUGGCCAUCACUGACUCUGUUGGGCGGCGCAUUGAUUGUGGGCAUGGUGAAAUUAACACAACACUUGUCAGUGCUGUGUGAGGAGUACACCAAUAUGGUGAGGGAGGAAGCUGGCCAUAUACCUUCCCAGAAAGAAUUGCAACAAUACCAAAUGUGGAAGAAGGGGAGAGAGCGAGGAAGAAGUCAAGGGCUUUUAAGAGGGUGGCCCAGUUAA